CCAGCACCAGCAGCUCCAGACGGGGUGCGGACAAGAAUAAUAAGCCGAGCUGCCGGGUGAUUGCGUGUCAGCGUCCGUGGUAGGAAGUCGAGGAGCAGAACGACACUACUUCCGCUGUUGAUUCCGCCGACCAAUGUGGAUGCAGAUAGAUGUGACGCUGGCGUGUAGCCCCUCCCCCUCCACUUGUUAUUUUUUUCAAUGCAGAGGUCGGGUGACGCCCCUCCCCUGCCUCCCAAGCAUCAGCACCUCCACACUGAAGAAGACGGCUGGAAAAGGAUGCUCUCCGCGCCGCGAGGCUCACUAUCAGCUGAGGACACUUCAUGAUGAGGCGAGUCACCGAGAUAAGCUCGAGCGGCAGGAUAUAGUUACCGCUUUCUCCACGCUCAUGCUGCCCCGCUGCCUCCAUUCAUGAUGCACCAUUCAUGCGUCCCCAAGAAUGGAAGCACUUUGCGAGGAAAACAUUAAAAUAACCGGUUGUCUCGCUUUUAUGAGACGCAUCCUCGCGUGGCUUCUUUUCAUUUAGGUCAAGGUGAUGAAGAGCCCGAUUUUGUCUUUUGAGGGCGACGCGCGACUGUAGGGCUAAUAAUACGUGGAAAAGCCAAGCAAACAAAAGGCAUCCAGCCCCCCUCCUCUGACGCACCUGGCUGCCCUGUCGCUACUUGACAUGACAGCGCAGAGCCGGGAGCAGAGCAGCAGGAUCAAGGGGCACCGACGUGCAGCCGGACGUGUGGAUUUGACAAGGAGGGGAGCUUCCGGACGCGCGGCGGAGACGCAGCAGCAGCCCAGGGGAGGCCGGAUUGCAGUUCCUGGGGACGAGCGCCAAGGGCAGUGCGGCAGUCAGCAGGCAGACCGGGGGGAGGAGGCUGCGGAGAUCUGUGAUACUUCCCCCCCAGGCCCCUCUUCGCUCUCACCUCCAUAUCAUCCUGAGCACAUCAUGGUGGACGCUUCUAUGUUUGAUGAGUGCUGACUGUGAUACUCCCCAUCAUUUCUCUCCACCCUUUCCCAACUAAUGAUGUGCAAUUAAAAGAUCUGCUCUCCAGGCAAGGGUGGACCCCGGAGGGGACUGAUGUGCAUACUGGCCAGGUAUCAUCUGCUCCCUUCUUCUCUGGUUUUGCUCAUUUUGCUUGUUGCCUGCACUAUGGGCUGUAUUCAGAGCAUUGCAUGCAAGCCCCGCAUCAGACGGGAAAACAUUGUGGUGUACGAGGUGUCAGCCUCCAUCGACCAGUGUCCCACCAUCAUCGAGGAGAACUCACCGAUUGUGCUCCGCUACAAGACGCCUUACUUCAGGGCCUCAGCAGGGGUUGUGAUGCCACCAGUGCCCCGCAAUGAGACUUGGGUAGUGGGCUGGAUUCAGGCUUGUACCCAGAUGGAGUUCUACAACACCUAUGGGGAUAUUGGCAUGUCCAGCUGGGAGCUACCAGAGUUGCGAGAGGGUCGGGUCAAGGCCAUCAGCGACUCAGACGGUGUCAGCUACCCCUGGUACGGCAACACCACAGAGACAGUCACCCUGACCGGACCCACGUCCAAACCAUCCCGCCUGACGGUCAGCAUGAACGACAACUUCUACCCCAGCGUGACCUGGGCGGUGCCCAUCAGCAACAGCAACACACCCAUGCUGACCCACAUCACUAGGGACCAGAGCUUCAUCACCUGGCUGGUGGCCAUGAACUCCGUCACCAAGGAGCGCAUUGUGUUGCAGACGGUGCGGUGGCGGAUGCGUGUGGACAUUGCCGUGGAGCCUGACAUGCCUCUGGGCUCUCGGGCCUCGUUGGUGGGUCGUCCCUACCAGGAGCAGCCGCACAUUCUCAACUACCAGGAGCCCAUCCCUCCAAACGCACUGGGAAGGCCCAACGCCAACGACGCCCAAGUGCUCAUGUGGAGGCCACGGAGAGGGGCGCCACUAGUAGUAAUACCACCAAAAUAGGAGCGUGGAAUGGUUGCAAAGACAAUUUGUUCCGUCCUUUGCAGUAAAGGUGAUGAAGCCUAUCACAUAAGAGGUGGUUUUCCUGCACUCCAGAGUCCAGCAAUCACUGAAAGAUUUACGUUGACCAUGAAAACAAGCCAGAGUGGAUAUGACACGGCACCGAGAUUCAAGUCGACAAAAAAACUAGUAACAAUGGCCCAGGUGGCAUCAAUGGCUUUUUUGGCCCCAGAUCCGUUUUGGACUGCUUUAAAGAGUUCUGCCUGCUUUUUAGCCAAGAAGGAACGCUGUUUUUAGACUGCAUCCUGCAUCCUUAAGUAGAUCUUAUUGCAUGAGAGAGUGAGAGAGACACAAAGCUUUCCUUGAGAAGUUUAAGCAUUUGUUUUGUACACCUUGAUACCUGAAGACAUUUUGAUUGAAAGUCAGCCAAAAAAAAAAAAAAAAACACAGACCCUGUGGGCUGGUUAAACCUCUUCAGUGCCAACAAAGGCCUUCAACACACUCAGUACCAGAGUUACCGGAUGUAUUCAGAGAAUUUAACAGAGACAAAGUAUUAUAUGAGUCUUUUUAGGGUUAUGAUUAACACAUGCAUCGAUCAGAUUGUAUUAAGAGCACCCACCUUGCAUAAAAGUCUGGAAGCAAAGUCUGCUGGAGUUUUCACCGGAGUUUUGUUAAUGCACAAAACGUAUGCACCGACAUAUUUUCAACUACAUCGUGCAGCUGAUAUUUUAUUUAGAUGGAUGACAAACUAUAUCAGAGAGUAAGUACACCACAUGAAAUAAAUCAUUUCAGCUAUGCCUUCAACAAGUGCAGUGUUUAUGACUUGUAAUGGUGCCAUACCACAAAUGUAAGCAUAGCUGGGAAUGAGGCCAAACUGUACUCAGACUUAAAGGGAAAGUACACCCCACACAAGAUAAUCCACACAUCUUGUUGUUAGCAGUUUUAUGCACGAAACAGCCGUUUUCGUACCGUAUCACAUCAAAAAAAGGUAAAAGGUAAAAGGAUAAGAUGCUCCCUUUAGCUCAUCUUAAAUUAGCUCACGUUAGAGCCGAGGAGCUGGACGGCAUUUAUAUUUUCAUCUUGCUGUCUCAAGCUUCUUGUUUAAUAGUAUUAACAUGAUUCUUUCUGUGUAGUGAUAAAGUAGAAAGAGAAUAAUGACUUCAUAAUACUGCUCUCAACAAGCUCUGUGGAUUAUGUUGAGUAAGUGGGUCAUGUUUUCCGGAAAUACACGAUUAUUGUUGAUUUUGUCAAAUGUAUUUAUUGGUGUUUUGAGCACCAGAAGUUGAAUGCAAACUAGUUUGAUUAAGCUUCAUUCACGUGACUUAUGUUUCUAUAGAGAGAGUGAUGCUGCCCGACUCGGUGAAAGAGCCACCAUCGGUGUCGCACACACUCAAAGCUAAAAUGAUUUACAUUUUUAAAUAGUUACCGCUGAACUUUUGACGCGCAACCAAUCAGAUGAAAGCUGUAUGUAGUAGCACAAGCUAACAAAACAUAGCUGUAACUUUUUUCACCGCGCCCAACCUUGUGGUGAGAAAAGAGAUGAUUGUGUAUCAUGUGAAUGCAGCUUUAUACUGGAUCAUACAGUGACUCUAUGGUGGGUAUCUCCAAAAAUCACCAACUAACAACUACAUAAUCCAGACUGACAUAUAGCACUGCAGGUAAUGGUUUUUUUUUUAAUAUUGGGGUGAACUGUCCCUUUAAGGUAUCAAAGUGGCUCCAAUCAGGACAUGUUGCGCUACCAAGUAACAUAAAUCUUCCUACGAUCAGGGAAUCUUAAUGUACUCUUAAUAGUUUCCUUAAAUUAAACCAGACUGUAUUUUGAAAAAGAUUGAAUUAGCACCAUUUUUUUUACCCUGGUCGGUAUGAGGUCAGCUUCUUCUCAUAUCGUAUUAUUUUGCAGUAGGCGUCUGCUUAUAAUCGCAGAUGAAUUUCCUGUGUCAUGGCCGCGGUCGGUCCAGUGGCUCGUGCUGGGCUCGGUCCAAAGCUCUGCCUGCCACUCCACACAGGAGUCACAUGACUCAUCCUCCAUCUGUGCUUCUCUCCAGGUUCUCACCUCACCUUCCCAAUCUGCCUGCUCCUAUUCUCCCCUGUCUGUCCACCUCCUCACACACACUCUUCAUCGAAACACACUCAUUUGCUCUGACUAUGCAAAGAUUAUCUGUGACUGUAAAAAAGGAGAAAAUAGGGAAAAUAUGUAUUUUUGUUCAUCUGCCUAAAUCUGUUUUUUAUUUGUCAGGGUCAUUGUUGAAUAAAAAGUGUAAA